GUAGAUAGGGAGGUAGGUAGGGAGGUAGGUAAGGGAGGUUCGUAGCUACGCUAACCCACAUUCAUGAAUUAUUUAUAUUAACUUGGGUUCGUCCCUCGCAUUUAUAUGCCCGGGGCAGUCAACGAUCUUGUCUUUUUUUGUGCAAGCUCACUUGGACACAUGUUCGUUUGUCAAAACCUUGCACACGUAUAGAGCAAGGGCUAUUUAUUCUUUAUGUUUGUGGUGGACGACGGGCGUGUGUUCCCCACCUGAGGACCGUGUUUUAUAUUGCGGCCGCCAGUCCGAAAAGACAAGGUAAGUUGCUCGUGUCGAGUGAAGUCAGUCACUCAAGAGAGACUUGAGAGAGAGAGAGAAAGAGGACGAAUACAUUGACAAUAAGAUUAAAAAGGUAAAGAAAAAGAAGGAAAAAAAAAGCUAGCUUCAACAUGAACACCCCACAGCCGCCACCAGACGGCACAACAGGAGAACCACCUCCAAGUACAGGAGCAGGACCACCCCCAGGCUUCAGCGGACCACCGCCUGGAGCACUGGGACCUUGCAACUUUGGAGAGAACCUGGGCCCCAGGGCAGAGGCAGUGUCGUGGACGCUCAUGGCAGUCACAACCAUCUUUCUGCUGCUCAGGUUAUAUUGCAAAUGGACAAAGUCCAACAGGCUCUGGUGGGACGAUUGGCUGCUGAUUCUUUCCUAUGUGCUGUAUGCCACGGCGGCAGUCAUAUUCAGCGUCAAUGUCAGACACGGCAUGGGCGUCCACGUCUGCGAGCUAGCCACGACGCGUCCACAGGAGCUCAGCACGGUGGCGCUGCUGAGUCUCGUCACGGGCUCCAUCUCCAUCGUGGCCACCAUAUGGUCCAAGACGUCGUUCGCCCUCACGCUGCUGCGCAUAACGGACUACAGGUGGCUAAAGAUCACGCUCUGGACCAUGGUGGCGUUCCUGAACGUGGCCAUGGGCAUCAGUGCCGUCCUCACCAUGGUGCAGUGCAGCCCGGUGCAGAAGAGCUGGAACACCUUUGCCGACGGCUACUGCUGGCGGGAGGCGUUUUCGGCUUAUAGCGUCGCUUCGGCCAUCUACUCGGGGCUUACCGAUGUCGCCCUGGCCCUGCUGCCGUGGACGGUUAUUUUGAACCUGCAGAUGAAGCUGACGGAAAAGAUUGGGGUAGCUGUUGCCAUGAGUGCUGGCAUCAUUGCCGCCGUAGCAUCCUUUGUCAAGGCAUCCCACAUUCCAGAGCUUUCCCAGGGAGACUUUUCGUACGCCGGCUACCCGCUGGUGGUGUGGAGCGCCGCAGAGGUAGCCCUGACCAUCAUGGCCGCCUGCAUUCCCGUCCUGCGCGUGCUGGUCCGUGAUGUGAGGGACGCCUCGAAGCGUUACUAUGGCCGCUCCAAGGACUCUGGGUCCGGCAACCAGACCAGCAGGGGCACCACGAUAUGGACCAAGGGGAGGAGCGAGCCCAGCAGCAGCAGCAGGAGGGUGACGAUGACAAGCGACAAACAACAGCAACAACAACAAAGCCCGAGUGAUGAGUAUCAGCACCCGCACUUUCAGUUCCAAAAGAAUCAUCACAUAUACGAGCACGAGCACGAGCACGAGCACGAGCACGAGCACGAGCACGAUCACAACCAGGAGCAAGAGCUUGAGCUCAACUACUUGGACAUCCACCAGCCACCUCAUCUCUCCGGUGCCGGCUCUGCUGGGUCACGACGGGUCCACGACGAUGCCGAGUUGAGCGACAGCUGGUCGCAGCGCAACAUUCUCCACAGCGACAGCGAAGCAGGCAACAACCCCUUUGACGAUGGUCAGAGUCAGCAGACAACCACCACCGGGCUCAACAUACCUCGAUCAGGUCGCGUCUCCCCCCUUCGUCCUGCAAGCCCCUGGCCGCUACACAGCUUGGAGACUGAUGGUGAGGCAGCCCCGAGGGGUCAGAUGAGGGCUGCUGCUGGCGCUGGGAUGAAUGGAGGAAGCUCUGCAUCCAGAUCAUAUUAGACUAGUCUAGUCCUAGUUCUAGUCUAGAUCUAGAAGUAGACUAGUCUAUCUAGUUCUAGUUCUAGAUAGUUGUAGUCGGACGUCUGCAACUCAACCAGACGAGUCUGCUGAUAUUUGGGGCUCAGAGACUCAGAGACGCCUAGAAUAUACCAGUUGAUUUUUUUCUUGUUCAAGUAUAUGUCCAUGGUACGAUGGUGGAAUAUUGGCGCGGCACUCCCCGCUGCAUGACAAAGUUGCCUUUUUCGGCACUGACACAAAACACAUCAGCCGAAACAUGAACUUGGCAGCGUAAAGGUUCACGCCAACUAGAAUUAGUCGCUAGAUCGGCCAAAGGAAGAACAUGUCUCGACUUGUACGCCCUCAUCGAUCUGAACGUAUCCUGUAGCUGAACAGACU